UUAAAACUAAGGGUAGCUGGGGAAGGAAAUCAUUUCCUCUUUGGAUUACCAAGCAAGAACAGCUAAAAUGAAGGCCGUCACUGAUCUUACUCUUCUUGCUCUCCUUUUUGUAAACUCAGCCACCAGCCAAGCCAACUUAACUACUGCUUUAUCAGCUACAGAAAAUGCAACUGCUCUUCCUGGAGUAGCUACAACUGAUGCCAAUGAAACUGAUUUCACUGAAAUUGUUAGCACAACAACUACACAUUCUUCCUCAACAGCUCUUUCAUCUACCUCCCCCAUAAUUGAUACAAAUAGUUCCUUCACAAUUCCUACACCUGGUAUUACAGGCGGUGAGUCAACCACAAGUACAGAUUUACUAAGUACCUCUGACAUAGUUUUUUCAUCUACAAGUGAUGUAUUCACCACAAUGGUCACUUCUAAAACACAAAGUAACAACGAAGUGUCCCCCUCCACAAAAGACAGUCAAUCACCAGGGCCUUCCACUAGCACCACUUCACUGGAGACCAGCAACCUAAACACUACAGGUCCCAGCAAUCCUUGCCAAGAUGAUCCCUGUGCAGAUAAUUCGUUAUGUGUUGGGCUGCAUAAUACACGUUUUUGCCUGUGUUUAGAAGGGUAUUACUACAACUCUUCUACAUGUAAGAAAGGAAAGGUAUUCCCUGGGACGAUUUCAGUGGAAGUUUCAGAAACAUUUAACUCAGAAGAGAAAAAUUCUGUGGCCUAUCAAGACUUCUAUAGUGAUAUUACUAGCUUCUUUGAAAAUGUAUUUGGCACAUCUGUUUAUGGACAAACUGUAAUUCUUGCUGUAAGCACACCUCCGUCAGCAAGAUCUGAAAUGCGUGCUGGUGACAAGGUUGUUAAUGUAGCAAUAGUAACAAUUUUGACAGAAACCACAAAUGAAAAUGAGACGAGUGUGGCUAAUAUAAUUGAUAAAGCAAUUAGAAAUAACCCAAGAAACAUUAAAGGCUAUAGUUUGGUCCUUCGGUGUGAUUAUUACGGUUGUAAUGAGGACGGGAAUGGAUGCAUCAAUAGUUUAGCAUGUGAAUGCAAAUCUGACCUGAUAAGGCCUAACCCACAGAGCACUUUCUGUGUUGCUUCCAGUCUAAAGUGUCCUGAUACCUGCAACGCAGAGCACAAGCAAUGCUUAGUAAAGAAGACCGGCGCAGACCCUGAGUGUGUGUGCGUGCCUGGCUACCAGGAAGAUGCUAAUGGGAACUGCCAAAAGUGUGCAUUUGGCUACAGUGGACUCAACUGUGAGGACAAUUUUCAGCUGAUCCUCACUAUUGUGGGCACCAUCGCUGGCAUUGUCAUUCUCAGCAUGAUAAUUGCAUUGAUCUUCACAGCAAGAUCAAAUAACAAAAAGAAGGAUAUUGAAACAGAGAACUUGAUUGAGGAAGACUUUCAAAAUCUACGACUGCAGUCAACAGGCUUCAGCAAUCUUGGAGCAGAAGGGAACAUCUUUCCUAAGGUCAGGAUAACGGCCUCCAAAGACAGCCAUAUGCACAAUCCCUAUGCCAGCCACAGCAACGUGCCCCGCCCUGACUAUUAGAAUCAUAAAAAUGUGGAACCCACCGUGGCCCCCCACCCACUGUACAAGCUAUUAUUCUGAGUGUUUAGAAAGACUGAUGGAGAAGUGAGUACCAGUAAAGAUCUGGCCUCCAGGGUUUUUCUUCCACCUGACAUCUGCCAGCCUCUCUGAACGGAAGUUGUGAAUGUUUGCAAUGAAUACAGCUCGCUUGCUAAAUAAGAGUCUGUGACAUUAUAUAUAGUAGAUGCUAUUA